CGGUCGGGGACGGGACGUUUCGUGGCAAAGAGCCCUCGAGGCCCGACGGAGGCGCACGGCUACGUCUUCGCUCCUCUCGCCGCCCCUUACAGGUAUUUCAAAGGCUUGAGGAUAGAUACAAUGAUGUGCCAGCCUGGGAAAACAACGGGUGUGGUCGUAUCGGGGUUAAUGUGGAUGCUACUUCAUUCGGCUGUGGCUGCGGAGGAGACGCUGACAAACCACUGGAGUGCAGAUUGGGGUCCUCCACCAACAAAUCCAGCGGACUUUACAAAUUUUCUCUGGUAUGGCUUCUCGGCCAACAAAGUCAACUUCACGCAGGAUGACUUGAAGAGGUUAUUGGAAUGCACCACGGGGAAGAAGGUGUGUCCGCCCCUCGACAAGGAACCGCCGGUGUCCGUGCUCUCCAAUUGCGAGAUAAACAAAGCCUUGUCUCCAGCACAGUGUGGUGCUUUGAAAGAGUGCUCAACCAGUCUAAGCGAAAAGGAGAAAAGCAAUUUAGAUGUAGAAGAGCUGCGUGCCUUGCUACCGGAGGUGUUGUAUUUGUCGCAGCACAAAGAAGACUGUGAGCGAGGAACCGCAAAGCCUGUCAAGACAAAGCCAAAGCCAGCAGAAGUCUGGGGCUAUGGUCUGCUCUUUGUCACACUGAUCUCUGGUUGCUCGUUGGUGGGGGUGUCGGUGUUGCCUCUGAGGGCGAACCCUUCCCCGCGCUUGACACUCUUGGUUGGUCUGGCGGUGGGCUCCCUGGCGGCUUCCUCCCUCUUCCACCUCAUUCCACAGGCCUUCGAAAUAAAUGCCAGAGAUGAUGGACACCACAGCUACCUCUUCAUAUCACUCUUCGUCUUGCUAGGCAUCUGGGGAUUUUUCAUGGUGGAACGUAUCAUUAAGAUAACAGUCACGCACCAAGCCUUAAAGAGAUUUAAAACCAUUUUUGAUUCAGGAGAGGCUAUAAAGGCUUCCUUUGGUCAUAAAAAGGACGGGGCUUUGGGUGUCAUUUUUGGGGAUGGUUUCCAUAACUUCAUUGAUGGAGUCUCUAUUGGAGCUGCAUUUUCAGAGUCUAUAUUGACUGGUAUAUCAAUAAGCCUGGCUGUGAUGUGUGAAGAAUUGCCGCAUGAACUAGGUGACUUUGCAGUCCUCCUGAAUGCGGGUAUGACCAUGAAGCAAGCAGUAGCAUACAACUUUCUUUCAGCAACAACCUGUUAUCUGGGUCUCAUUCUGGGAGUAGUCCUUGGGGAAUUUACCCAGAAUUCAACAGCUAUAUUUGCCUUAGCUGCUGGCAUGUUUUUGUACAUUGCCCUUGUAGAUAUGGUGCCUGAGAUGAAUGAAGUUGCAGGGAAGGCAGCAGAGGGUAGCUGGAAGUCUGCGGUUUGCAUUCUCUUCCUCCAAAAUGUGGGGAUCUUCCUUGGCAUUGCAUCACUCUUCUUGCUAGCAUAUUUCCAGGACUCUUUGAUAAUAACAUAAGAAAAGCCUCUUGGUUGAAAGUUGGUGCAUUUUCAGAUUGGUGUUUUUUGUCAGUAUGAAAAUUACAUGCAUUUAAUAAGCUUGAAUGGAUGUGUGAGUGUACCAGGAAGUGUAGAGUACAAUACAUUUGUGUAAAUUUUUAAUAUAAUGUCUGAUUGGGGGGAGGGGGGGUAGACAUUGGAAUUUUGCAAAAUUUGUAAUAGAUAUAAAUGUAAUUAUUUAUUAAGCAAUGACACUAAGAUCAACAGUUCAUGAUAUAUUACGUGGGAGUACAGUGAUAUAUGUUAGGCCUUAUUCACUGUUUCAUAUCUACUUUUUAUGUAUAUAAUGAUAUAAAUAUUUGUUCAAGUAAUACUGUAGAUUUAAUGAAUCUUUUGGUAUUGCAGUACUUGCAAUUUUCAUGUAGAAAAAAAAAAUUGAUCUACAAGCUCUUUCACCAUUACAGGUAGUGUAGGUUUUGUAGGUAAACUUGUUAUACAUGUUUUUAUGUUUGAAUAUGCUCGAAGGAAGUUUUGAAAUGUAAUAAUUGUUCUCCAUAUUUGUUUUAAGAUAUAUAUUGUCUGAAGUAUGGUGUGAUCUCUCAAAGAAAUGUAUCAAUAUUUUUUCAGUAUGUAGGUGGUAAGAAAAGCGUUUUCAAUACUUUUUUAUUCAUAUAAUUUUCAUAUGAUUAUGUACAACACUGCUAGUCACAUCCAGUAGUCUCGUAAAAUCAGCAAUAUUCUCAUUGAGUUAGGGACAUGAAUAGGAGAGAUCUGUGUUUUGGAUCUUACUACAUUUGCUAUUAGUUCUGCUAUCAAUAUUUUCUACAGUAACUGAGAUUCUUGUUAUAAAGUUUGAGAAGUUCAGAUAUGUAAAUACUUAUUUUGUAAGUUGUGGUAAAAAGUUGGUUUUGACCUCUUUUCGUUCUCUCAUGGAGAAGGGGUAGGGAUCAGAUAUGUCUUCUGGAAGAAGUACAAAUAAGUAUUUUCAAAUUUAUGAUUAAAGUUGAAUUUAAUAA